AUGCUGCUGGAACAUCGAAAGGCGCAAAACGAAUCCGCCGAAGACGAACAAGAAUUCUCCGAUGUGUUCAUGAAAACGCUCACCUACACAGAUCGGUUCAGGAAAUUUAAAAAUAAGGAAACUAUUUCGGCUGUUAGAAAUUUAUUAAACCAGAAGAAACUGCACAAGUUCGAGCUAGCAGCGAUCGCAAACCUAUGCCCCGAAACAGCCGAAGAAGCUAAAUCUUUAAUUCCAUCGCUUGAAGGAAGGUUUGAGGAUGAAGAAUUGCAAACUGUCCUGGAAGAUAUCCAGACGAAACGAAGUAUCCAAUAUUAG